AGGGCGGUGAGGUGAGCUGUGACCGCAGCAAAUUUGACUAAUCACUGCGUUGGAUUGAAAAGAUUAAUUUGGCAGCUGAGUUCAUUCAAAACCCGCAGCCGCAGUCACCCUAUCAGUGGGGUCUUGCCCCUGCCGAUCGGCUUCCCGUCAUCGAUGACGCAGCGUCAGCAGCUGCCACCGUGCCGGGCUGCGAUGUUCUUCCUAUCCGCCGUCCGGGUGGCAGUUGGAAGCUGGCUCUCCCCGCUCUCUAUAAAUACCCUGUCCAGCCUUUGGGCGUUUCAUUCAUUCGCCAUUAACAAAGAUCCAGAAGCAGUUUUCCAUCUCCACUGUAAACUAACAAAAUGAUAGAAAAACAGGAGGAAGAAAAGCAUGCUACGCCUCCAGUUCCCCUUCUCACCCCUUACAAGUUGGGAAACUUCCAACUUUCUCACAGAAUUGUCUUGGCACCAAUGGGCAGGCAAAGAUCUUACAACAAUGUUCCUCAACCACAUGCCAUCUUAUAUUACUCACAGAGGACCACAAAAGGGGGUUUUCUCAUUUCUGAAGCGACAGGAGUUUCAGAUACUGCACAAGGGCAUCCAAAUGGAUCCGGUAUAUGGACAAAAGAACAAGUUGAAGCUUGGAAACCUAUAGUAGAUGCUGUUCAUGCAAAAGGUGGAACCUUCUUUUGUCAAAUUUGGCAUGUGGGAAGAGUUACAAAUACAGAUUUUCAGCCAAACUCACAAGCUCCAAUCUCUUCCACCGACGAGCCUAUAACUCAACUUCAGUCUGAUGGUACUGUUGUUGGGCACUUUUCUCCUCCACGACGGCUAAGAACUGAUGAAAUUCCUCAAAUUGUCAAUGAUUUUAGACUUGCUGCAAAGAAUGCAAUUGAAGCUGGUUUUGAUGGAGUUGAGAUCCAUGGAGCUCAUGGUUUCCUAAUAGAGCAAUUUCUAAAAGACCAAGUCAAUGAUCGAAAUGAUCAAUAUGGAGGAUCUUUGGAGAACAGAUGUCGAUUUGCACUUGAAAUUGUUGAAGCUGUUGCUAAUGAGAUAGGAGCAGAUAAAGUUGGGAUUAGGCUUUCUCCAUUUGCAAACUACAUGGAAGCAGCAGACUCAAAUCCAAAGGCACUAGGUCUCUAUAUGGUUGAAGCCUUGAAUAAAUACGGUAUUUUGUACUGCCACAUGGUUGAGCCCAGAAUGAAAACUGUUGGGGAAAUAGCAGAAUGCCAAGACAGUCUUCUGCCAAUGAGGAAAGCUUUCAACGGCACUUUUAUAGCAGCUGGGGGUUAUCGCAGAGAAGACGGCAAUGAAGCUGUGGCAAAGAACCAUGCAGAUCUUAUUGCUUAUGGACGUUUGUUCUUGGCUAAUCCAGAUCUGCCACAGAGGUUUGAGAUCGAUGCUCCUCUUAAUAAGUAUAACAGAGAAACAUUCUACAUUCCUGAUCCUGUUAUUGGCUACACGGAUUAUCCAUUUCUCGAAAUCGUUGCCUAAACAUUUAGGAGCUGAUAAUUUGAAAUUUAAAUUAUAUUACCUUUUUUUCCCA